UCCCUUCGAACGUUCAUGCCUUUGAAUAAUCUGAAUUUUAUUUCAGUUUUCCUAAGAUUCUUACACGUAAAUUGUCACAUAAUUAUAAUUUUUACAUUAUCACAUUAUUUAAAGGAUUAUUUGAAAGGGAGAGUACUUUCCCCUAUAUAGAGUUAGAAUUUACCAAUAAACGAGCACAUAUAUAUAUGAAAUUAUACUUCUUUUAAAAUCUCCCAUUUUAAUUGAUUAUUUUGGACUGUGUGUCUUCAGAGUUGGAUAAAAUUAGUUUAGCACUAUUAGAAUCGUACUGUAAAAUAUUAAAUAAAAAAUAAAUAUAAAGUGUCAUUAUUUGUCUUUACUUUUGGUUUUAAAAGUUGUUUGAGCACAAUACUUACGUAUAUAAAUUAUACAUAUACUUAUACACUUGAUCACAAAGAAGAUGCACUGAUUAAUUCGCUUUGAAAUUAUCCGUUCAACCACCUUCUGAUUCGACCUGUCUAUAAAAACUAACUGAUAGUAAAAAAAAAGAGUUCCCAAGAAGUUUGGCUGAACUUUUGGCCUCCCACAUUUACCACUCAACAACUUGUCGAAACCAAUUAAGAAGGACACUCCAAGUGUUAAUUGGUUCAUCGCGUGCUAAUUAAGAAAGUAUAAAAGGGCUCCCAAUCCACUAAGGCCUACAUAGUUAAAAUUGAACCAUGAAGGUGACACCGCAUAAGACUACACUGAGGCGAAAGUCCAAAUUCAGGAUUAACUGGGAAACUCCUGUGAAGUUCUGUGUUCGCAUUGAUGAAAGAAAUUUUGUGCUAAAAGCAGUAGCAGACACUUGUGAGAUGUUCUGCAAGGAGACUACUCUUCAUGGAGUACGCUAUAUCAUUGGGAAGAAGAAUCCUGAUGGCUACAACAGACGCCUGAAGCAACUCACCAUCAUGAUAAGUCGUUUAGUUUGGAUGACUGCUUGUGUUUCUGGGGCAAUCUUUGCCAUCGCAAUGAUGACUUUAGUAUGGGAUCGCUUUCAGACAACUCCUACUGUGACAACAGUUGAAACAACUAGUCAUCCAGUUUGGGAUGUGCCCUUUCCCAGUGUAACUCUCUGCAAUAUCAACAAGGUUUAUCGACCAAAUACACUUAACAUCACAAGGAUCCUGUUGGAUAAUGGCAUUGAGAUGGAUGCUGUGCAAGAGUUCCUAGAGAAUCUUUCAAAUCUGAUAUCUCCUGAGAAUGUUGAUUCAAUUUACAUCAAGACUUAUUCUAUUCUCGAAAAGUUCGGUUACAACAGUGAGCGCUUGAUGAUGGAAUUGGUUCAACCUUGCGAAAGUUUAUUAAAGCUCUGCUUUUGGCUUGGAAAUGAGGUUCCCUGUCACAGUAUUUUCAAGCUAUCCAAAAGUUCAGAAGGAUUGUGCUGCUCUUUCAAUUAUAGGGCUUUGAAGUCCUUUCUCGAAAUAGAUAUGGAGUCCAACGAUACAAUGGGUGGUACAUCUGGUGUUCUUCAUGUUAGUGGAUCAGGUCGAAAUGUUGGACUUCAUAUUGUUGUUGAUAUCGAACCUGAGGAUUCGGUUGCAAUGACCCGUAAUUAUUAUGGAAUCGAGGUAAUGGUUCAUGAUGCUGAAGAGUUCCCUCAGUCUUCAGUCACAAGUGCAGUGGCCCAACCUGGCCAGGAGGUUGUGAUUGCAGUUAAGCCCUCAGUAGUGUCUAGUCGACCUUCAGUUAGAGGAGUGGCUGUUAACAAAAGAAACUGCUAUUUCAACGACGAAUACAAACUUCGUGCAACUAAGAAGUAUACCUUGAAUUCUUGCAUUGCUGAAUGCCGCGUUGAUACAAUUGUUAAGAAAUGCAAGUGCUUGCCAUUCUUUUAUCCCGAUAUAUCAGCUUUUGCCAAUGAGUAUCGCCAAUGUGACCUUCAUGAUGUGGAUUGCCUUCGGAAUUACAGAUCGAUUUUUGAAAGUUUGCAGCCACCCCUCAAUACGCCGGGCUUUAAUACAACAAUUGACAUCGGAAUUGAUUGUCCUUGCUUGCCUAGUUGCUCGGAACAGAAUUAUCAGAUAUCUGUUACUACAGCAAGUCGAACACAUACAGGAAUUAAGGAACCUCUCUACGGAAAUGCAGACCUUACAAAUCUCACUUCAAUAUUAGUUUAUUUCAAGGAACUUACUUGUAUAGAAUACCGUCGAGAUCUCUAUAUGUCAUGGGAUGGGCUUUUAGCAUCUUUUGGGGGGAUUUUUGGACUUUGCUUGGGUGGAUCAGUGUUAAGUCUUGUUGAAAUGCUCUACUAUUUCACCAUCAAAUUGUGCAUCAAUCUGAUCUCUUGCAAGCGUAAAGCAGACUCAGCAGCCAGAGUAACUUUGGGGAAUCAAUGGGUAGUUCCGUCGCAACCAAGGAAAAUUCACAUUUCUCAAGACACACACUACAGAGCAAGAAGGCAAAUUGUUUGGUAAUAAUAUCAAAUUUUGUAUUUCAAUGAAAAUCAUUUAUUUAAAUUCCUAUUUACAAGA